CAUUAUUAUUGUAACAAAUGGCAGCUCACAUAAAAAUAUUUUUUCUAAUGGCACAUAAAAAUAUUUACAGAAUCCCUAAUUAUAACUAAUAUUUGGGGUAUAUUGGGUAUUUGAACGGUAGCAGACACCAGAAUCACAGUACUAUUGGCAGCACUCCACAAUGCACAUUGCGUGCGUACGUAGCUGGCAAUAACAGAGCAUCAAGAAGCAGAGCAGAAACAGAGCACGCUCACUCGCAACCGCAAACCCUACUACGCUCACUCUUUCUCCUCUUCAUUUCUACAACAUUCUCCUCACAAAAUCAAACCCAUUACUUUGGCUUCCAAAAUAUUGCAAUCCCAGCACCUUUGCUUUCAUUUGGUGUAAUGGAAGAGCAAAGUAACCAAGAGAACCAUGUGCAACUAAUGUCCUGUGACACUGGGGGAACCAGCAAUGAUGUCUCUUAUUCAGCUGAGCCUCAUCUAUUUCCCAACCCAAAAUUUGUCACUGCAGCAUCUUCUGGCAGAAAUGGAAGCCACUGGACUUGCCUCCCAAAGCCAUCUCACAACUAUGUAGAGUAUCUUUCAGAAUCCUCAACUUAUCUGCCAAACUCUUCCACUGAAUACAUGUUUGGGAACAGUUACCUGCCUCUUGGAAACAUCAAUGAUGGUAAUGGGGUCAGUGGAACAGACAGAAACUUCUUUUACAAUGAUCCAGGAAAAGUUUGUGCCUUUAAGCCUAUUGCUUCUUCUAGUGAUGACCUUCAUAUUAGGAAGCAGUUGGGGUUUUGGAGGGGUGAUGAAGGAGAGGAAGUAAUUAAAGUUGAAACUGAAAGUGGUCAAAAUCUUCUUUAUCCUGAGAGUCAUGAUUCAUGGACAGCAGAUUCAGUUGGAGAUAAGCAUAAUCCAAUGGUAAUGGUUGGUGCACCUGCUUUACUUCCAAAACAAGGAUGCAGCUCCUCAAAACAGAAAGCACGUGUCACUGACCGUCAACGCAGGCAACGUAUUGCUGACAACCUCAAAGCCUUACACGAAUUGCUUCCAAAUCCAGCAGAGGGAAGUCAAGCGUACGUACUAGACGAUAUAAUCGACUAUGUCAAAUAUUUGCAGCUUCAAAUAAAGGAACAAAGUGGAAGUAGAUUGCAAGCGGACUCAACUGCUAUACCACUAGUUUUUCAUGAGGGUUACGGCCAUUAUAUUAAUCAACAAAUGCUCAAUGAACCCCUUGAGGAGAUAAUUGGGAAACUACUUGAAGAACAUUCAGCAGCAGCUGGUCAGCUACUAGAGAGUAAGGGUCUUUUUCUUCUGCCUAUGGCUUUGGUUGAUGAGUUGGAUGAAGCCAUGCAAAUGUUUGGCGGGAGUGCACUUGUCUGACAAAAUAAUUCUCCAUUAUGGAUCAUUUCUACAACACAGUGGCAGUAUUAUUAUUAUUUUUGUUUAUGUUAUGACUUCUUCCAAACUAUCAAAAUCUCAUCUAACUCAAUCCUUAGUAUGAUUAUUGUUUGAAAAACCAUACUAUGUUUAGUGGUUGGGGGUAACUGCUUUUAUGUCCAGCAGAAAUCUAUUUUAAGUUACGAAG